UAACUUCUUCUCCAUAUCCAAAAUCAUCAUUCUCAGUUUCACCAAAUAUAUUAGUUCAAAACCAACAUGAAAACCCUAAUAAGGAUCAUAUUUCUUGUACUAGCCAUAAUGCUUAUGGCUUUAACCAUAAUUACAAAUGCUGAUCUCAUAGCAACAGUACCAAACCAGCCAACUACAAGUACUGAGGCCGAAAGCGAGAAAGCGGCGUCGUCUAACUCUCUUCUGAGAGGGACAAAGAGUCGUUUUCUUGCUUCUCGGCGGCCACUGACAUGCGAUAAGAAUCCGAAGGUGUGCUACGCUAAAGGCAGCGCGGGCUCGGAUUGCUGCAAGAAGAAAUGCGUUGACUUGUCAUCUGACAGAGUCAACUGCGGGCGGUGUGGGAAGAAAUGUAAGUUCUCGGAGUUAUGCUGCAAAGGGAGGUGUGUGAAUCCGAGGUCGGACAAGAGAAACUGUGGGAGUUGUAAUAACAGGUGCAACAAAGGGAGUUCCUGCGUUUAUGGAAUGUGCAGCUAUGCUUAAUUAGCUAGGCAAAUAACAAAUAAUAAUUAUAAUUACUAUAUAUACUAAUUAAUUAUAUAUUUUGUCAUGAAAAAGUUGCAUUAAUAUUAUUGUAGUGUG